AUGGCAAACGAGGGACAUUGGACACAUGUAAUUGCAGCAUGGGCAAAGAGCAUAGUACUACGGAAACAGGAAGAUUUUGACAGUGCAUUAUGGGCAGAUAUGCAGAAUGUGUUACAAGAAUUCGUGGACCACAUGGAAGACACCGAACAACAUAUAGAUGCGUAUGCCAUAAGCUGCGGGGAUGCAGGUUGGCCGCGUAGAGGAGCGGCGCAUCAUGGAACCCUCUACACCGGACACACAGUUGCGGCCCAGAUGAAAUGCAGACUGAUGGUUGGAGCAUUAUAUUUUGUAACUGGGUGGAGCAAUCACAUGACACAUGAUAAGGACGAAUCGGAAAAUGAUACGGCCCUGAAGGCAAUGAUGAGGUGCAUCGUGGCCCAUGUUUUUGCGUAUAUAUUGGCUGAAAUAAAGUGUAAAUAUGAGUGGCCAGCAAUAGACCAGGCCUGGUACAUCAUGAGAGGCAUGGGACAACCGGGUGGGGUGGAGACGUCAAUUUCAGCUGGCACCUGUACGCUGGAUGCGUAUAAGAAUACUAACAUAGGCACAGGGAACUUACAGGAAGCGGUAAAACAAUGGUUAAAGAAAAGUAAAAAGAUAAGUGCUAGUAUAAAAGAAAUAGAAGACAACCCGAACUGCAACAUAGAAUGGAAAAUGUACAAGAACAGUAUGGAACAGAGCGGAAAAGGUGCAGACCUUUCCAGUAUAUUUCAGGAGCACCAUAUGCAGGGGUUAGUAAAACAGCAGGUAACAAAAAUGUUUAAGAAAAUUACCAACACAGUAAGCAAAAAGGUGGAGCAGGCGCGCAAAAAGGAAACGGGCUCUAUGGGAUCCGAACAUAGUGACCUAGACUCUUCGGACGAGGACGAGGAGGAGGACGAUGAAGAGCAGCAGAACGCACAAGAGGACAUGAAGGACAGGACAGGUAAAAACACGACUCCUAAGACUACGAAUACGAAUAGUACGGCCGCUACCGAUAAGCCUGCGGAUGCAUGCCGGCACCACAACAACAACGCACACGGUAAACCAAGUGCAGGAUCAGGAGUGACGGGCUCCGGAGGGGGGAAGUCAUUGCAGCCAUCGCAAGCGCAAGCGCCGGCAUCUCCAGUAUUACCAGCAAGACCACCACAACCAGAAGCAACACCAGGAGCAGGAGCAGCAGGACCCGUACCACAACCCCCACCUGCGGCACCACCCCCAGCAUCAUCCUCCUCGGGAUCGGGAGCAGGUACAGGGACACCAUCAACGGAUACUGAAAAACCAGGUAAGUGCUCAAAGCCACCACUGUCUGCCACAGUCCAGAAUGCAGGCAAAGGUCUCGCCGGUGCUAAAUCCAUUACCACUAUCACUUUUGGCACGAGUUCCGGAACUGAGGAUGCAUGUGGGAACAAACCUAAGGACUCGCGUGAAGGGAAGGAAACACCGGACGCAGCACCCACGCAGACAGGCCCGGAUCACAAGUCCCCCGCAGUAGCAGGGCCUUCCGCUGAAGCACCAGCAGACAGCACCGGACACACGCGCAGUACCUGGAGUCGAAAAAGACUUACAAGUGGAACAAUGAUAGAACACUGCGAGCUUGAACGCCGUCUGAAGGAGAACGAGUUAUAUGUGGAUGACCUAUUGGAAAAGCUCUGA